AUCAUCAUUCCAGAAGCUUCACAAGAGUGCAUAUAAAAGGGGCCAGCUGUAGCUGCUGCUGAAAGGAGCUGACCAGCCAGCUGACAGCAGACCCCAGACACUCACCAGCCACCAUGGACAUCGCCAUCCACCACCCCUGGAUCCGGCGCCCCUUCUUUCCUUUCCAUUCCCCCAGCCGCCUCUUUGACCAGUUCUUUGGAGAGCACCUGCUGGAGUCUGAUCUCUUCCCAACUUCUACAUCCCUGAGCCCCUUCUACCUUCGGCUGCCGUCAUUCCUGCGGGCACCCAGCUGGAUUGACACUGGGCUCUCAGAGAUGCGUCUGGAGAAGGACAGAUUCUCUGUCAACCUAGAUGUGAAGCACUUCUCCCCAGAGGAACUCAAGGUCAAGGUGCUGGGAGACGUGAUUGAGGUGCAUGGCAAGCAUGAAGAGCGGCAGGAUGAACAUGGUUUCAUUUCCCGGGAAUUCCACAGAAAAUACCGGAUCCCAGCAGAUGUGGACCCUCUUGCAAUUACGUCAUCCCUGUCAUCUGAUGGGGUCCUCAGUGUGAAUGGACCAAGGAAACAGGCUUCUGGCCCUGAGCGCACCAUUCCCAUCACUCGUGAAGAGAGGCCUGCUGUCACUGCGGCCCCCAGGAAGUAGAUGCCCUUUCUCUAACUGCAUUUUUUAAAACAACGAAGUUUCCCCACCAUUGAAUAAAAAUCUUGUGACUAAUGCUGAAGCUUAUUAAUACUAAGGGCAGGCCCAAAUUAUUAAGCUAAUAAAAUGUCAUUCAGUAGCAGAUAA